UGGAAAGCUUUUAAAUGCUGUCUGGAGAGAGUUAUUUGUUAUGUAUAUAAAUGUGCUGAAAGAGCACAACCUUCAUUAGAAUUGUGUCGACUAUUACGGAAACAACAACUCCAAUUUCUGUGUCGAUAGUUUGAAUUAUUUACACAGUUAUAGUACUUACAAAUUAACUAUGCCGGCUGAAAAUCCAUCGAGUAUAGUGCCCGAUUGGGUGCAACCCGACAUCUUUGUUGACGUGUUAAGAGAAUCUGUCAAAGGUUUUUCUAAAAUCAUCAGCUUCAAGGCCAACGGCGGCUUAGCGCCUGGAGAAAACUACGCGACUGUCAUGCUUCGAGUGAAUAUUCAAGUCGAGCUGGAAGAUGGUUCUGAGAAAUCGGUUUCGUAUAUGUUAAAACUCCCUCAUCAGUCGGAUAUGUUCCUUAAGAUGUUGGAACGCAACAAUAUCUUUGAGUAUGAGCGUACUGUGUAUAAAACAAUUAUUCCCGAGAUGGAGCAAUUAUAUCGUGAUGUUGGUGUAGAUGUAAAAUUUGGUGCGAAAUCCUAUGAUCUGAAGAAUGCAAAGUCAGAGUAUGUCUUACUAGAGGAUCUUGCUCCUCAAGGGUUUAAGAACAUGAACCGAAUUCAAGGACUGGAUCAAGCUCAUACUGAAUCAGCCUUGCGGAAAUUAUCGCAAUGGCAUGCUGCCUCCGUUGCUCGAGUUGCCUUAAAAGGCCCCUAUCCAAAACAGUAUAUAGUUGGAUUUUUCAGAGAAGAAAACCUCGAAAUGAUUAAGGAAAUGAAUCAUAGUCUAUCAACGAACUUCCUCAAGAGCUGUGAGACAUACGAGAAUAACGAAGAAUACAUUGAGCAUGUGAGAGCGGCACAGCCGAUGAUCACCGAUAUGUGCUUCAAAAUGUCUGAACCAGAUACAACUGGGCUUAAUGUAUUAAAUCAUGGAGAUUUUUGGACUAACAACAUGAUGUUCUCUCACGAUUCGAAUGGCCAAAUAGAGCAGAUAUAUCUUGUUGAUUUUCAGAUGCCCAAGUAUGGGAGUGUGGCUCAGGAUCUGUAUUAUUUUCUAUUUUCAUCGACCAAAUUUGAGGACAAGUUGUCUAAAUUUGAUUACUAUAUAAAGUUUUAUCACCAGAAUCUCGUGGAGAAUCUCAAGCUACUGAAAUACACAAAGCCUUUGCCAACUUUACGUGAAAUGCACAUUUCGCUCUUGAAAUAUGGUUUCUGGGGUUAUCUUACUGCGACAGGUGUUAUGAGUGCUAUUCUGGUUGAUCCCACGGAAAAUGCUUGUUUUGAUAACUUUCUCAGUGAUUCAGCCGAAGGCGAUGCCUUCAAAACAAUGAUCUAUACCAAUCCUCGAUAUCAGAAACAUAUGAAAUCUAUAUUACCAUGGUUAUUAAAUCGUGGUGUAUUUGAUGAUCUUUAAAUUAAAUAUAUGUAUAUGAAUAUUUUAUGAAAUAAUAAAAUAAUUGUA